GAUAGUGAAGGACCAAAUAAAGACACAACCCGCUCUUUCCAUGAACUGACCGUCGCACCUGCCGUUGCUUCUCUGCGCGGACCAUAUCCCUACGUGUACCUCAUUCAACCUACUGUCGCUCAUUCAUAACACUUUCAACCGCAUUCCGCCAUGAUACUCCGACUAUCCUCUAUUGCCCUCGGGCUCCUCCCACUCGCCAGCGCACUCUCCGCCUCGGACAUACCCGCGGAUACUCCCGUGUCGCAGCUCAUCAAGGACGCCAGUGUCCAACUCGCUACCGGCAACACCCAAGACGCCCUUCUCUACUUCGACGCCGCCAUCACCCGCGACCCGCGCAACUACCUCACCUACUUCAGGCGCGGCGCCGCUUACCUGCAAAUCGGCAAAUCGGUGCAAGCACAGCAUGACUUCGACAAGGUGCUGGAAUUGAAGCCUGGCUUCGAGGGCGCAUUAGUGCAGAGGGGCAAGAUCAGAGCCAGGAAGGCCGACUGGGCGGCAGCGCGCAAAGACUACGAGGCUGCCGGUAAGACCGAUGCGAUCGCGCAGCUGGAAGAGGCGCAGGGCGCUGCCAUCAUGGCACAGGAGGCGGCAGAGAAGGGCGACUGGGACGCAUGUAUCUCGCACUCUGGAACUGCCAUCUUAGUCGCGGGAGGAGCAUACGACAUCCGCAAGACAAGAGCGAGGUGUCGCUUCGAGAAGGGCGAGGUUGCUGAGGGCAUCAGCGACCUGCAGCAUCUCCUCCAGAUCAACAAGGGCGAUAUCGAACCACAUCUCCAGAGCUCCGCCAUGGCCUUCUACUCCCUGGGCGAAACCGACAAGGGACUCAAGCACAUCGCACAAUGUCUUCAGUCAGACCCAGACUCGAAGGUCUGCAUGAAGCUGCGAAGAAGAGAAAAGAACCUCGACAAGGACAUCCAAAAGGUGCGCAAGUUCUUCGAGAAGCGCCAGUUCGCCACCGCCUCGAAACUCCUCAUCGACCGCGGCGAAGAGGACCCGGGUCUAUUGAAAGAGGUCAAGCAAGACUUCAAGGACUACACCGAACAAGGCUACAUCUACGCCAACUCACCUCAAGGUCUCUACCAGACCCUUGUAGAGAUGACCUGCGAAGCCUACGUCGAAAUGAACAACCUAAAGAAAGGCACACCGUAUUGUACCGAAGCCCUACAACUCAACCCGGACUCGUUACAUGCCCUCCUUCACAAGGCUCAAGGCCAACUUGACGCCGACGAAUUCGAAGACUGCGUUCGAACCCUAGAGCACGCGAAGGAGCACCACCAGAACCAGAAGCUCGACGAGUUACACCACAAAGCGCAGACACUGCUCAAGCGGUCGAAGACAAAGGACUACUACAAGGUGCUCGGCGUAACACGCGACGCAGAUGAGCGCGAGAUCAAGAAGGCAUACCGCAAGCUCACCAAGAUGUACCAUCCCGACAAGGCCUCAACCAACAACAUGACACCCGAGGAUGCGCAGAAGAAGAUGUCCCAAGUCAACGAAGCCUACGAAGUCCUCUCCGACCCCGAACUCAAGGAACGUUUCGACCGCGGUGACGACCCCAAUAGCAACGAGCAGCAACAAGGCAAUCCCUUCCAAGGUUCACCCUUCGGCGGCCAACAGUUCAUGUUUAGACAAGGUGGAGGUGGUGGCUUCCCUGGUGGUGGCGGUAGCUUCAAGUUCCAGCAGGGCGGCGGCGGCGGGUUUCCGGGUGGUUUCCCCGGUGGUUUUGGCUUCUAGACUAUUGCUAUUGCUUACUUAUAUGACUUGGAGUUUAGGAGCAUGCGCAGUGAUCAGUCACAUGGGUAGAACAGUCUGGCGUUUUCCACUGUAUGAUAUCGUUGCUUCGGCUGUAUUGAGAAAUGAGUUAUGGUAGCUAGUAGGUGUGAAGGUAUAUCUUUCCUGCUAGUCUACGUUCCGUCCCACUUUAGCGGCGUUCUUGACUAGCGGUCGCCUCUCGAGUAACGCCGGAAUCAGAUCGUUGACGAAUUCGAUGCACGUCUGGUUGGUCAUGCCAUUGAACUUGUGAUCUGGAGCCGUGCUAAAAGCCCAUAUGUCUACCAUGAGACGACGAACGGGU